AUGUCCAAAAGAAAGGAGCCUUCACACCCUGAGCUCCACCAUCCAAGCACCAAACGAGCCAAAGAUGUCGAUGCCCACACUCCCUAUGACCAACUUGCCACUUGUCUGGCCUCACAGCAAUCGCCUGGAGAAACCAGGAAUAUUCUCCAUUGGUUCCGUAGCAAAGACCUUCGCAUCCAUGACAACCGGGGGCUGAACGCUGCAGCAACCUUCGCCAAAGAAUCCCACGCCCCUUUGCUCUGUGCCUAUCUGAAUUGUCCUGCCGAAUUUCGAAACCACGGCACCUCACCUGCCCGAACGGACUUCAUCUGUGAGAACUUAGGGCUGACGAAAUCCGAACUGGAGGAUCUUGAUAUUCCACUGGUGUUCCUCGAGGCAAGCGAACGGGCCGACCUGGUGCCAACCAUCGUCAAAUUUAUCCGUGGAAACAACAUUUCCCACGUAUUUGCGAACUAUGAAUACGAGGUCGACGAGCUUCGCCGUGACAUCAGAAUCUUGGAGGAAGUCAACAACGCCAGCUCCGACUCCGACUCCCAUUGUGCUGGCUUCCAUGUCUCUCUUCAUCAUGAUCAGACAGUCAUGGAACCUGGCACCAUGCUCACAGGUGCUGGAAAACCCAUGAAAAUAUUUACCCCCUAUCACAAGGCCUGGCUGGCCGAGGUGAAGGCCAAUCCUGGUCUGCUCGACACUGUGCCACCUCCUUCCAAGAAUUCACCCAAGGCUAAGAAGGCGCUGCAAUCCUUCUUCGGUAGUCAGGUCCCAACUCCACCGGAGGAGACACAAUUUUCCUGUGAACAAGAGAGAUCUCAGAUUCGUAAACUCUGGCCUCCAGGCCACCACGCGGCGAUUCAGCGUCUGAACGAGUUCUUAAACGACAAGCUUGCUGACUACGCCGUGACGCGCUCCAACCCGGCCAAGAACUCAACGUCACGUCUGUCCGCAUAUCUCAGCGCCGGAGUGAUAUCUGUACGGGAGGUGUUGAGUGAAGUGCGAAAGCACAACUCGGGAUCGGCGGACUUUUCGUCGAGGGGUGCCGACGCCGGGCUAUCCGGCUGGGUGCGCGAACUGGUGUUUCGGGAACUCUAUCGGCAAACGACAAUGACCACACCACACACAGCCAUGAAUCUGCCGCAGAACUUGAAGUUCGACUUUGUCCAAUGGGAGAACGACGAAGAAGGCUACGACCGAUGGGAAAACGGGACGUUGGGCGUCCCCUUUGUCGACGCUGGCAUGCGCCAGAUCAAAGCCGAGGCAUAUAUGCAUAAUCGGUUGCGCAUGAAUGUAUCGUCUUAUCUCUAUUGCAACCUGUUGGUUGACUAUCGCCGUGGCGAGCGGUAUUUUGCAGAGACGCUCAUCGACUGGGACUUGAACAAUAACACCCAGGGCUGGGAGCCCAGUUAUACCGUCUUCAACCCCGUUAGUCAGGCCGAAAAGAACGAUCCUGGCGGCGAAUACAUUCGCCAAUGGAUCCCAGAGCUGAGGAACGUCAAGGGUAAGGCUGUUUUCGACCCAUACCAUCGUUUGGACAAAAAAGAGUUCGACAAGCUGGGGUACCCCGAGCCUUAUGUCGAUUGGCACGAGACAAAACAGCGAGCUUUGGAGAGAUUCAAGAGCAAUAUGAAGGAUGCCGAGCCUUGA